CUGGGGCCUCCCCGAGAGGAGGACGGAGAAGAUCUGGCGUAAGCUAGAUCUGACCUUCUCCCUGCUUUGAAAAUCAGAAAUCUAGAUUCUGAACUCAUAAGAAAUACAUUCUAAAGAUCUGAGCAACUUCAACAUGUUUCCUGUUUUGCACAGUUUACUCUGUUUUUGCCAGCUGUAGGGGGAGGAAGGAGCUUGCCUGUCUUCUGAGGUUUCGUGAGAUAUUGCUACUCAUUUCAAUUUUCAGGACUAGAGUGUAGUAACUUGUAUUUUUUUAUAAAGCAAAGAUGGUAGUCUCAGAGGGUGAUGAAUUCUGUGCCCCCAGAUGUCCUUGUGUGUGUUUGCUCACACAGUCCCAUCCUGGAUAAGGUAAGCAACAAGUAGGCUGUGGGCACCUUUUGGGGCGACUGAGAGAACAUGGCAAGAGGGCCUUUCUUGGGCAGGAAGGUGGCGACGUGGAUGCAGCUCAGCUUGGGAUUCAGGGGGCAGGUGGAGGGAGGAUGGCUCUCUCCUCUGCGAGUGAUGGAGGACACACAGGCAAGCUCUCAUGCAUGGUCCGUUCUUCCUCUCCACCAGAUUCCAAGGAGCUGGCUCUCAUUCCCGAGACGGCCCAGAAUGUGCUCUGCGGCCUGAGCAUUCUGAGCAUUGGCAUUCUGGGCAUCAUCGCUGGCCCCAUCAUCUUCAUCAAAGCCAUGAGGAUGAAGGAGGACAGCAACCACCGCAGGGGCCCCAUAUAACCAAGAAGGAGACAGGUAGCCCUUUCCUGACGGUUUCUCUGCAGUGCCCUGAAAUGCAUCUCCCAAGACUUUGUUUCUUCAGUCAG